AUGAAGUGUCUAAAUGUCAUUGUGCUUACAAUGCUUUGGCUGCCCAGUUCUCUGGCGACCUAUAAUCCUUAUAGACAAAACUUGGCAUUGCUCCAGCAAGAACCCUUCUCGGGAUCUUAUACAAAAAACGAAGAAGCCUAUGUUGAAGAGCUUUGGCUUGGCCAAAAAGUAGACCAUUUUGAUAGAAACAACAGUCAAACUUGGCAAAUGCGCUAUUUUCGCAAUGCCAAAUAUCACAGGCCCCAAGGACCCAUCUACAUAUUUGUGGGAGGUGAGUGGACCAUCAGUCCAGGAUUAAUGAGUACUGGGUUAAGCCAUGAUAUGGCCUUGGAAAACUCUGGCAUGCUUUUCUACACCGAACAUCGCUAUUAUGGACUAAGUUUACCCUUUGGAAAAGAGAGUUUUCAACUGGGUCACCUCAAGCAACUAAAUCUCCAUCAAUCAUUAGCCGACUUGGCUCACUUCAUACGCCAUCAAAAGUCGGAGAACCCUGAAAUGGCAGACUCCAAAGUCAUUUUGGUGGGCGGCUCUUACUCGGGCAGCUUGGUGGCCUGGAUGACUCAACUGUAUCCGGAUUUAAUAGCUGCCAGCUGGGCUUCCAGUGCUCCACUAUUGGCCAAGGCGGAUUUUUAUGAAUACAUGGAAAUGGUCAGCCGUUCUAUUGAAAUCAGCUAUGGUGAAAAUUGCUCGUUGAGAAUCGAAAAGGGCUUAAAAUACUUGGUUAGGUUAUUUGAUGACAAUCACAUUAGGGAUCUGCUCUUUAAACUCAACGGCUGUGAGGAUUACAAUCCCAAGGAUGCUUUGGACAGAGCAGCUUUCUUUAAUGGUCUGGCCAACUACUUUGCAUUGGUGGUGCAGAGCUAUAGUGCCUAUAUACCCCGUCUUUGUGAGACUUUAAUGCAUUUGGACAGCAGCGACGAGUUGGCUUUUUUCAAAUUCUUGGAAUUACUUUAUGCAGAAGGCAGACGCUCCAGUGAUUGCCAGGACUUUGGCUACUCCUCAAUGCUGCAACUUUUCAGUGAGGACGAAGAUCAAAGCACCGGGACUCGUGCAUGGUUCUAUCAGACCUGCAAUGAAUUUGGCUGGUACACGACCACGAAAUCGAACUCCUCUGCGUCCGAAUCCUUUGCCAAUCAGGUGCCCUUGUCCUAUUUCGAGAAACUUUGCCAGGAUGCGUUUGGAGCGGAGCAGACGGCCCAGAAAUUGGCCCUUGGCGUUGAGCAGACGAAUAGCAAAUUCGGCGGAUACGGGUUCAAUCAGAGCGAGCGCUAUGCUCAGGUAAUCUUCACGCAUGGCCAGCUAGAUCCGUGGGGCGUUUUGGGCCGGCAAACGGGCCGGCAGGCCAUUGUCCUGACGGGCUACUCGCAUGUGGAGGAUUUGGCCAGCAUCCGGAUAACGGACAGCGUGCAGAUGAACCUGGCCAAGCUGCGUGUGAUGUCCUUUCUGCGAAGCCACCUAUGA